GUGUGUGAAAAUACUUUUUCAGAUUAUCUUCAGCAACUUCUCAAAGGCUGAAUAAGGCAGAAGACAAAAAUAAGACUACAGUUACACUGAUCAUUGUGUUUGAACGAAUGGCAAAUAUGACAUCUGUGGCGUUGGAGAAGGCUGUAAGGAAUUCUGUUGUUCCAAGUAUCAUCAAUAACUCGUUAUUUCAAUCUGCAUCAGCAUGUGAACUGGACAUCUGUGAUAAAAACACUACAGACUGCAUGAAUGUCAUCGGUGGUAUUCCAAAAUGUGUUUGUAAAACAGGCCUGGCCAAGAUGAACGAAGAUGACAAAGCUUGUCAGUCUUGUGAUGGCAGCUGUUCUACAGCAAACCAUAAAGUUUGUCUCAUGAAAGCAGAUCGUGUCCCUGAAUGCCAGUGUUUGCCUAAUUUCCAGAAAAACAAUGAAGCAUGCGAGGCGUGUAGUAUUGGGUUUUCUGGAGAAGAAUGUCAAGACAGUUACAUGGCCAUCAUCAUAGGAAUAUCUACGUCGUGUGCUGUUCUUCUGGUGGCUUUAAUUGGCGUAAUCAUUUGCCUCUCAGUCAGAAAAAAGGAGCCUAAGGCUGAAAAUCAGCACUUGAUAAGCAAUGCCUAUUCAACCGUGGGCAAUACUUCUAGAAUUCCUCCCGCCACAAGCUCUGCUGAAAAUGAGAAAAUCUUCCCCAGGGUCCAAGCUAUGAAUGAUACACCAUUGAGCAGAGCCACUGCUAACAACCCAACCAAUUUCCACGGAGAAGGAGCAGCAAAUAGAGGCUACCUUCCUGAGCAAGACUAUGGCAAUGAAAACUGGCUAGAAAUGCCAUCAAGAGGCAGAUUCUGAGUCCAGCCGAAGACAGAGGAAAAGCAACAGGAUCUGUGAACGUGAAUGCUGCCACAGAAUUGAAACACACUGCUUCCCAUCUUGUCCAACUACUCUGGCAAUUAAGAGUGCUAACAUUCCAGAAGGACCCUACAGUUAUCUUUUGUAAACUGUACCUGCCGGUUUAAUGGAAUUUCAGCUGUACUUGCUGUCUUGCUUAAACAAGUGGAAGAAAAGAAAGGCAUGAGAAUGUGCUGCAUCCCUGCUAACUAUAA